AAAAUACUUAGUACUCUCUCCAUAUUGACUUAACACCCCUUUAAUAAAGUAUGUAUUAAUACCUAUUUUACAAAAGUAAACCUGCUAAGUAUGCUCUAAAUUAGACUCUAGUACUUCAUAGACUCAAAUUUUUUAUUUUUUUUAAAUGAUAAAAAAAGGGCCAGGCAUUGUAGUCUAUUAUAUAUAUAUAUUUGUAGAUCCAACACAAUUGUUUGGUCAGAAAAUUAGAAGAAACCCCAAAAAAUCAAGUCACCGGCGGCGUCGCGGCAAUAAAAUUGCUUGUCUUCCAAUGGCAAAUAAGCUCAGGUUAGAGGGGAAAAUUGCUAUAAUAACAGGUGCUGCAAGUGGCAUUGGUGAAGCAUCUGCAAGACUGUUCGUUGAACAUGGGGCCCACGUGAUCAUUGCUGACAUUCAAGAUGAACUUGGUCUCCAAGUCGUGUCCUCCAUUGGAACAGACAAAGCUUGCUACCGACACUGCGACGUAACUGACGAGAAACAAGUCGAGGAAACUGUCGCCUAUGCUGUCGAAAAAUACGGCACCCUCGACAUCAUGUUCAGUAACGCUGGCAUGCUCGGCACAUUCGGAAGCCUACUCGAUAUGGAUGUGAAGGAAUUUGACUUGACAAUAGCUGUUAACACGCGUGGAGCCGCAUUAGCCGUGAAGCACGCGGCUAGAGUCAUGGUAGCUAAAAACAUCCGCGGCUCAAUUAUAUGCACCGCAAGUGUAGAGUCGAUCCUAGCUGGCGCGGCUCCAUUAGCCUACAUUGCGUCGAAGCAUGGGAUCCUUGGCGUGGUGAAAGCCGCGGCGCGUGAGCUGGGUAAAAAUGGAAUUCGAGUGAAUUGUGUAUCACCUUUCGGCAUCGCCACGCCGAUGGUUUGUAAAUCAUAUGGGGCUGAAGCCUCUUACAUUGAAACUUCAGUAGGUGGACAUGCUAACUUGAAAGGUGUUAGCCUAACCACGAAGCAUAUAGCGGAAGCCGCGCUAUUCUUGGCGUCGGAGGAAUCGGCUUAUAUUAGUGGUCAAAAUUUAGCUGUCGAUGGUGGACUUAGUGCAAUUAUGAGGCUAGAUUAAAGUAAAUCCACUUGUUUGGGAAGGUUGUUACUGUCGUAGUUUAUUGUGUUAAUAAAUGGUUGCACCAAUGAAAAGUCUCAAUUUGUUUACCAAUUAGUGAUGCAUUGUUACUUUAUCUUUUUUUAAAAAAAAUAAAAUAAAAUAAAAUCUCAUUAUGUUUAA